UAAAAAGUUAAAAAAUAUUAACUUCGGUUUUCAACGCAUAUCCAGACCUAUGAGGGGGCUCUUGCUAUGACCUAUGAGGGGGCUCUUGCGGCCAAAGACCUAAUCGCAUUUUUUUUUUAUAAUUGAUGAUGAUAUUUACUUAAAAAAUAAUUAUAAUAUCUCAUUUCCAAAAUAAAAAUAAUAUAAUAAAAUAAAAUAUGAAAAUGCCUGACUGGAUAUCAUAUGGUUGUAUGGCCCUAUAAAUGAACAAGGGACCGCUCCUUGGCCCGUCUCUCUUCUCUCGCCUAACACUACCACACACUUUCACGUCUUUCAUCAUCCUUUCUCUACUCAAACUUUUUUUUUCCUCUCUGAGUUCAAUUUUUUUUUUCUAUAUUCAAUCCAUGUUCUAGCUCUUUUCGCCAUAGCUCCACCUCUCACUAGAAGCUGUACAGUUAAACUUAAGGUCAAUUUUCGUUUAAUUUUUGUUCGUUGUCGCCGAAAGAUGAAUCACUGGGCCGUCCAGCCAAACGCUUUCUCCGCCGGCGGAGAUUUGAGGAGCUCCGUUUCAGUGGUGGAAAGAGAUCAGACUGUUGUCGUUUGCCCAAAACCACGUCGUAUCGGUCUCCGUAACCCUGCCCUCUACGAACAGCACCAUCCCGCUCGAUCUCUGCGAUGUUACUUCAGCCACCAAGUGGAGCUGUGUGAAUCCAAGGCAGAGACUGAUAUCUUAGAUAUCAUACUCACCAAGGAUGGUUAUGGUACGGAACAGGUUCAUACGAAGGUAUUAGACUCGCCGUCCCCGUUUUUAUGUGGGUCGCCGCCGAGCAGAGUCGCUAACCCAUUAACACAGGAUGCUCGAUUCAGAGAUGAAAUCACGCUUGUCUCUUCUCCGAUCCCUGCUCCGCUGGGCCAACCUCCGUCGUCGCCUUCUUCCUCCGGGAGGAAAGGUGGAUGCGUCAGAGGCAAUUUUGGUAACAGCCCAGCGGUUAGGAUCGAAGGGUUCGAUUGCCUCGACAGGGACAGUAGAAACUGCAGCAUCCCUGCCUUGGCUUAGAAGAAACACUUGAAACCCACAAUACUCCCUAUUGAAUUAACUCACAAAACUAAAUUAGUGUCGUACAUAUAAGUGUUUAAGGAUAUAUGGAGAUGUUGUGGAGUCUUGAGGAUAAGUGAGAGCACGAGAGAUCGAUCCUUUUAAAGUUGGAGUUUUUUUUUUUUAAUUAAGAGUGUAAAUAGCAGAAGUUUUCUGGGUUAAGUUUGUAGUGUUUUGUGGUCAUUUUGUAAGUAUUAAGGAAGAAAAUGAGUUGUUGAGUUAAGGGAAAAUAAAAGAUUAGGGCUUUGGAGAAAUAUUAAGUACUAUUUUGGAAGGUCAAGUUUUCUCUUCUAUGGUCUUUUGUGUAAAGAGAGAGAUGGAGAUAGAAGAAGAGAAGGGUAUUUUGGAUAUUUUCUUUUUUUUUUUAGUUGAGUCAGUUACGAAGUGAGAAAAAAUUUGUACAAAAGGAAAAGAAAUUCAAAUGAUAUUUUUUUACUUUGAAAGCGAAUCUUGUUUACUUCUGAGUUCAGAGAAUAUGUGGUUUUUGAGAAAAAGUAAUGAGUAAAAAAGCUGUGAACUAAGAAGUGCCAUGUGUUACAGUAACGUUGGAGGCUCGUUAAAAAUAUCUGGUUGGUCCAAUUAUUACUUUUCGUAUAGUAUCUUCCCUCUACGGAAAAAGAUGUUUUUACUCUUCUCAAAAAGUAAAAGUAGUGAAUAAUAUUGUCGGGUUUUGUUCUUUGU